AUGGACCUCAGAUGGAAAGCCAUGUCCGAGAUGACUGACGUUGCCGUCGCGGCUCUCGCGGCGGCAUAUUCUCCAGGAUCAGAUGACGAAAGGAACCUCGUCAGGAAGAUCGAUCUCAGAGUGAUUCCUUGUGUCUGGGCUUUGUACACAUUGUCGUAUCUGGAUCGAGCGAAUAUAGGAAAUGCAAAAACUGGAGGACUUGAAGAUGACUUUGGCCUUACAUCGGAUCAAUAUUCGGUCAUUCUCCUCGUCUUUUUCAUCAGUUAUGUUCUAUUUGAAGUCCCGUCGAAUCUCAUUCUCACAAGGGUCCGCCCUUCCGUAUACCUGAGCGCGUUAUGCGUGCUCUGGGGCGGUGUUGCGGCCUGCAUGGCCGCUGCGAAGGAUUGGAGACAGCUCGCAGCUAUCAGGUUCUGCUUGGGCAUUGUCGAAGCCGGUUUCUCGCCAGGGGUCGCCUUCUACUUGUCGAGCUGGUACAGGCGAUACGAGUUGUCGAGACGCUUUUCCAUCUACUACACUGCGACUGCGAUCGCCGGAGCAUUCUCUGGACUUCUCGCGGGUUUGAUAACUCAACAUCUUGACGGGAAGAGAGGCAUCCAGGGAUGGCAGUGGCUCUUUAUCAUCGAAGGGGUCGGAUCGUCUUUCCUCGGUUGCUUCACUUGGUUCAUCAUGCCCGACUAUCCCUCGACAACCAGCUGGCUGACUCAAGAGGAACGCCUGCUAGCAGCUCAGCGACUGGCAUUUGACGGCCUCGCGAACACGCAAGGAACAGGCGAGAGGAUAGAGUCUAGUAAGGCCGUGCGAUUAGUCCUGGCGGACUGGCGAACGUGGAUAUUCGUCUUGAUGUAUAUGCUUUCAACAGGCGCACAGACCAUCCAGUACUUUGUCCCGACGCUUGUGGGAUCCCUCGGGUGGACGGGAUAUCAAGGGCAAUACCACACUAUACCCAUCUACGCCGGAGCCUUUGCCUUCAUCCUCAUCUUCUCCUUCCUAUCGGACAUCUGCAGGACCAAGUGGAUCCCAACCGCCGUCUGUGGGUUCGGAGGAUGCGUCUUUUUCAUCCUCACCGUGUCAGUCACCACACAUCUCGCCCAAUACGUCUUCCUCAUCUUUGCGGUCAGUUUUGUUUACGCCGUUUGUCCCCUCAUCCUCAUGUGGAUCCCUAACGUCGUCACCUUCCCCGCCGAGAAGAGAGCCGUCGUCAUAGCUUUUGUCAAUUCGUUGGGCAACUCGGCUUCCAUCUACGGCGUCUUUCUAUGGCCAGCAAAGGACUCUCCUCGCUAUGUUCCUGGCUUCGCAGCGACCACCGUCUGGAUGUUCGUUCUCGGCUGUGUUGCCAUGGUCAUGCAGCGACUCGUCUUGUUGUAUCCGCUCGACAGACCAGAUUCUACGGUACCGACAACCGUUACACGAACCGAUGUCAAGGGCAGUAUAGACGAGCGAGUGUAA